UCCGCGGUCGCAGGCCGCGCAUGCGCACAGCCCUAGUCCGGUACAUCACUACUUCGACCAUUUUUAUAAACACCGCGCACUCGGCUUUGAUACGAAGUUAACCUGUAAUUUUACCCCACAAAGUGUAAUACUGACUUGGCAGUUAAUGUGAACUACAAUCUACAGCAAUAAUGAGGCUGCCGAUAUUCGAUAUGCCGAUGAAGAAGUCGUGUAAGCCGGCGAUGCUGGGGCGUGUGUGGGCAGCCAGCCGGCGCGCGCUCAGCCUGGAGCACUCGCCGCCGCACCAGUUCGCCUGCUGCCAGUGGCAGGCCGGCCACAGACCUUCCUUAUACUACCUCACAUAUAGGUGGCUAGUAUUCCUGACGGUGACGUCAAUAGCAGUGGCAAGCUUCGCAUGCCAGCGGCUGCCGCGACUAUACAAGGGGCCCAAGCUGGAGCUCAACUACUUCAAGUGGUUCAUCUACUUCACCAACUGGGGCUACCUCCUUAUCGCAGUGCAGGCCGCUCUCGCCCUCGCAGUUGUACACCGCUAUAGAAAUGAAAAGAGUCUUAAUAUUAGUUGUGAUGACGACGAGAUCCAGAUGCCACGUCGUCUAAAGACGCCCGUGCUGUGCCGCAUGUACUGGCUGUCGCACACCGUCGCCACCGACCUCGCUUUCGUCAUCACGCUAGUCUACUGGACUCUCGUACAUGACCCUAGAAUACACGAAGUGAACGCGCUCAACCUACUAGUGCACGGCGGCAACUCGCUGGUGAUGCUAUUAGAGCUGGUGCUGACGGCGCACCCGGUGCGCGCCGCACACGCCCUGUACGGCGCCGGCGCCGGCCUCGCCUACGGCCUCUUCAGCGCCCUCUACUGGGCGCUCGGCGGCACCGACCGCCUCGGACUGCCAGCCAUUUAUCCCACCUUAGACUGGAAUAAACCUGGGUCUGCAUUCGGGUUCGUGGCGCUGUGCGCUGUGGUGAUGAUGUCUGCGCACGGCGUGGCGACGUGCGUGGCGGCGGCGCGCGCCCGGGCCGCCGCGCGCCUGCGCCCCGCCGCGCACGACCGCCUCGCGCUGCCCGCGCACUGAACCAACACGCAUAAGGAUAAUAAAUAACACAUAUUUAGAAGUGAUCACGUACCAUACUCCCGAAAUAAACUCAAUUAGGUCCGCACUAAGCAGGUAAACCGUUUCAUAGAACUGAAUGGAAAACACCAAGGUCUUAUACAGCAAAGUGUGGAUCAGACUUGCAAUAAACGGCUUAGGUCAUGCACAAAGUUUCACUUCUAAUUUCUAAUAUUUAUUAUCCUUAUGCUCGAAGUGUUAAUAUUUUAAGCAAUAUAGAUUUGUUCUAUACGUAGCGAGAUGUGAUUUCAAGUUUAAGCGUAAGAUAAUGCAUGUUUAUAAAAAAUGCAAUCUGUCAGGCGACAGGCGCCUGUAUGCAAGCUGUGGUGAAUUCAGUAUUAUUAUUUAAAACAAAAAAGUAAAGUGAUAUUUUUAUUUGGGCAUUUUAAGAU